AUGCCACCAUCCCGUGUCGGAAAGUCGAGAGGCUUUGAACAGGUUGGUCUUUACCAUUUAAUAAACAAUGGAGCAGUCAAAAGAUCGAUACUAUUCUUACCCGUUUACCCGUUUAUGAGCGAUUUAGAACCUGUAGAAAACCUGUGGAAAACCAGCAGAAAUAUUUAUAAUUACAUAUUUGUAUCGCGACGUGGAUAUUCUAAGCGUGUUUUAAGAGACGAUGCUAGUCAAUUUCAAUUGGUAUUCAAAACUAUUAUGAAAACUAUUACCAAAGCAGAAAUUUCCUAG